AUGCGGGCACUAGCUGGUGGGUCGGGCGAGGAGGCCAACAUCUUCAGGGUGAGGGUCAUGCGGCAAGGCGUGGCCCUGGAGGAGGGAGAGGUGGCGGGGCUCGGGGAGGAGUUGGGGCUGCUGGUGGAAGACAUCAUGCAAGUGGUGGAGGCGGGGGCGGAGGAGGAGCAGGAGGAGGUGCAGGCGGAGGAGCCGGAGGAGAAGCCCCAGCAGCAGGGGCAGGAAGAGACAGGGCGGGGACCCGGACCCACGACCGCUCGGCCCCUGCUGGAGGCGCUGGCGGCCCUGCAGUUAGAGCUGACCGCUCUGAAUGCCGAAGCCAGCAGGGCCUACACUUGGCUCAAGCGCAUGAUCGGUCAGAGGCGGAAGCCGCACUUGGAUGGAAGAAGGGCUAUCAUCUGAGGCAUCCCUGGCUUCUGGGCCAGAGCCAUCAUGAACCAACCCCAGAUGUCGGCCAUGAUCAGUGACCAAGAUGAAGACAUGCUUAGCUACAUGAUCAGUUUGGAGGUGCAGGAAAUGGGCCAUCCCAGGCACCGCUGCAAGUUGAUGUUUUUCUUUCGGAACAACUCCUACUUCUGGAACGACAUGAUCAUUAAGGAGUAUCACCUUAGCAUCGCUGGAUAUAGGGCGUCUCGUUCCACUCCAGUUCAGUGGUUCUGGGAUUAUGAACAAGGUGCCCCCAGCCGCAGGCAGGACACCACCAGCCUUAACUUCCUCAACUGGUUGUCUGACCACAACUGCCCAGGGUCUAACAGGAUUGCUGAGAUCAUCAGCGAGGGCCUAUGGCCCAAUCCCCUGCACUACUACCCCAGGGAGGAAGGCCCACCGGGACAGACCCAGAGAUGA